CUGGAGGCACCAGGCCCCACGCUACCUGCAGGUGAGGGGAGUGGCGGUCCCCUCUGCUGUGUGCUGCACAGCCUCACCGCCAGCACUGCCAGCGGUCUGAGUGCCGCACUACAAAAAAGACGUGCCCAGAUGUACCUCCUCUCUGCAGAAAAGUGGUCACUGCAGGGUGCCCAGGUCCUUCUGCAGUGUUUGAGGUCCUCUCUGCCAGGCAGCCGUGCCCUGUGCUACAACUCCCUGGAGGAGCUGGCUGGUUUUGCACCCAGCUCUUUCCAUUGUAUCCUGGUACCUUUGGUGUUGGUUUUUGUUUUCUUUUUUUGCCCUCUUCAGCUGAGCAGAUGUGGAGCUUCCUGCUGAUGGGAGAAGAUAGUUCCCUUCUGGGGAGGAUGCAUGCAAUGUGUAUGCUCUGUGUUUUGCUGCCCUGAGUGCUGCAGAUGCAUUGUAGUUCCUCUCAUCCACUUACCCAGUGUUAAAGGAGCUGGCUUGCACAUGUGGCAGGGCAAAGGCAGGGUGAACUUUGCGGAAUCGCUCUGGGAGGCAAGGCUGCAGGAUAGCACUGCUGUGGCCUAGCUGCAAGCUGCAGAAUCCCCACAGACCUUUCCAAACCAGGAAACCUUACAACCUUUUCCUAAUUCCUAUUCUCAUGCCUUUAGCAUGUUUGGUGGCCAGCAGCUUUGGGAUUACUCACAUCCUUACGUCAGCCGUGGUGUCUCAAGAGCCAGCUAACCUAGGCUUUUGGGGGUCAAAAUGAAUAAUAUGAGUCCUUUCUUUAUUCCCUUGUGUCCUCAGCCCAGAGCUUGCCCAGCUCACUGAUGCCACGAUAUGGGUGGCCCCUGGUGGGGAGGGGCAUGGAUGUCCCAAAGCGACAUGCAGCACUGCUGCCCGCUCCCAGCUCUGCUUCCCAGCGUGGCUGUAGGUGAGCUGCAGGCACGGCAGGGAUCAGGGCUGUGCAGCAGCUGAGGGCUUUGUGGUCGAGGCUGCAUUCCCCAGCGAUGUCGUUAGUCAGGGAGACAAUGAUCUUUUCGGAUGGCUUCAAGAUGCGGCCCGCCAGGCGGAGCAGGGAUUGUGCUGCCUGGCCGCCUCGGUUCGUGCAGAGCUGCAGCAGCCAGAUGGGCUUGGUGGAGUUUGGGAGGAAGGUGUAGGGGCCAAGUCUUGGGGACAUCCCAAGUCCAAAAGGUGCAUUGAGAUCCGCUUGGUGGCAAUUCAAGCCAGAAAUGCAAGUGUUUGCGUGAGGGUGUUUUCCUGGGAAUUUGCCGUUUGCAACCUUAAAGCGAUGAAACUAAUUUUGAGCAGGGCAGUAUCUCAGUGCAUGAAAGGCGCUGUGUUCCUGGAUCUGGAUCCUUGCUGUGAGGAUGCACUUGGAGCUGGCAUGUGGCGGAGCCUUCUCUCCUCUUCCCACUGGUGCCUGUCCCUCCCCUUUGUGGGGUCUGGCAAUGCCACCAGGGGACCCACAGCGGUGGGGGCUCAGGCAGCCAUCCGUUUUGCCAAGGAGCCGUACUCACAGGACGCCCUGCAUGGCCGCAGUGCCAUCCUCCGCUGCGAGGUGGAGGAGCCGGCCUAUGUGGAAUUUGAGUGGCUGCAGAACGGGCUCCCCAUCCAGGACACGGAGCAGCGCUUCAAGGAAGGCAGCAACCUCCAGUUUGCUGCUGUCGACCGGCAUCGGGAUGCUGGGAGCUUCCAGUGCGUGGCGAGGAACGUGCAGACCGGGGAGGAGGCUCGCACAGCCAAUGCGUCCUUCAAUAUCAAGUGGAUCGAGACGGGCGGCGUGGUGCUGAAGCAGCCGGCCAGCGCAGCUGAGAUCCAGCCCUCCUCCACGGUGGUGCUGCGGUGUCACAUCGACGGCCACCCGCGCCCCACAUGGCAGUGGUUUCGGGACGGCGCUCCGCUCCCCGACGGCCGCGGCACCUAUUCUGUCAGCAGCAAGGAGCGGACCCUCACCCUGCGCAGCGCCAGCCCCGAUGACAACGGUCUCUACUACUGCUGUGCCCGCAGCGCCGUUGGCUCCGUGUGCAGCCAGGACAACUUCACACUGAAUAUCAUCGAUGAGAGCUUCCCCCAGGCGGUGAUCGUCCCGCAGGACCUCAUCGUGACCAAGAACGAAGAGGCCAUGUUUGAUUGCCAGUUUGCAGCCGUGCCCCCUCCCACGCAGGAGUGGCUCUUUGAAGACAGCCCCAUCACCAACAGAUCCAAGACAACUGUGUUUGCCAAUGGCUCCCUGCUGAUCACCCAGGUGAAGGCCCGCAGCACCGGUGUCUACAAGUGCAUUGGCCAUGGGCAGAAGGGCAAAACUCUCGUGCUGAAGGCGACUCUGCGGCUGGCAGAGAUCGAAGAGAUGGCACCCUUCUCCCCGAAGGUGUUGACGGCGAACCAGGGGCACCGUGUGUCGUGUGCUGCCCCACGGGGUGUACCCAUGCCCCAGGUCUGGUGGGAGAGAAACCAGGAGCGGGUCCCCACUGCUGGCAGGGUGUACCAAGAGGCAGAGCAGCUCAUUUUCACCAGCAUCACUGAGGCAGAUGCGGGGACCUAUACGUGCCAUGCUGCCAACAAGGCUGGGGAGAAGAAACAGGAGCUGAGCAUCACCGUGGCUACGGUACCCAAGUGGGUGGAGAUGCCCAAGGACAGCCAGCUGGAGGAGAGCAAACCAGGAUACCUGCAUUGCCUCAGCAAGGCUUCCCUGAAACCUACAGUCACCUGGUACCGCAAUGGCGUCUCCAUCUCUGAGGACUCACGCUUUGAAAUCUCAGAGAACGGGACGCUGCGCAUCAACAACGUGGAGGUGUAUGAUGGGACAAUGUACAAGUGUGUGAGCAGCACACCGGCGGGCAGCAUCGAGGGAUACGCACGGGUGCACGUGCUAGAGAAGUUAAAGUUCACCCCUCCACCCCAGCCGCUGCAGUGCAUGGAGUUCAACAAGGAGGUUACGGUGUCCUGCUCAGCCACUGGCCGGGAAAAACCCACCAUCCAGUGGACUAAAACAGAUGGGAGUAGCCUGCCAUCCCAUGUCAGCCACAGAGCUGGCAUCUUGUCCUUCCACAAGGUGAGCAGGAGCGACUCAGGAAACUACACGUGCAUUGCCUCCAACAACCCACAGGGUGAGAUCCGUGCCACUGUGCAGCUGGUGGUGGCAGUUUAUGUCACCUUCAAGCUGGAACCAGAGCCUACAACUGUGUACCAGGGGCACACAGCCAUGUUCCAGUGCCAGGCAGAGGGGGACCCCGUGCCACAUAUCCAGUGGAAAGGGAAAGACAAGAUUUUGGAUCCCAGCAAGCUUCUGCCCAGGAUUCAGAUCAUGCCCAAUGGCUCCCUGGUCAUUUACGAUGUCACCACCGAGGACUCUGGAAAAUACACCUGUAUUGCCGGCAACAGCUGCAACAUCAAGCACCGUGAGGCCUUCCUCUAUGUUGUAGACAAGCCGGCAGCAGAAGAAGAUGAGGGACUCGGCAGCCACACGCCCUACAAAAUGAUCCAGACCAUCGGGCUGUCGGUGGGAGCAGCUGUCGCCUACAUUAUUAUUGUGCUGGGGCUGAUGUUCUACUGCAAGAAGCGGAGGAAAGCCAAGAGGCUGAAGAAGCACCCGGAGGGCGAGGAGCCCGAGAUGGAGUGUCUGAACGGUGGUACUUUGCUGCAGAAUGGGCAGACGACAGCGGAGAUCCAGGAGGAGGUGGCCUUGACCAACCUGGGCAGCAGCUCUGGGGCCAGCAAGCGGCACAGUGCCGCUGACAAGAUGCACUUCCCUCGUUCCAACCUGCAGACAAUCACUACCUUGGGUAGGGGGGAAUUCGGUGAAGUCUUCCUGGCCAAGGCAAAAGGUGCAGAGGAUGGCGAGGGCGAAACGCUGGUGCUGGUGAAGAGCCUGCAGACAAGGGAUGAGCAGCUGCAGCUGGACUUCAGGCGCGAGGCAGAGAUGUUUGGCAAGCUGAACCAUGCCAACGUGGUGCGACUGCUGGGGCUGUGCCGUGAGGCUGAGCCGCACUACAUGGUCCUGGAGUAUGUGGACUUGGGGGACCUGAAGCAGUUCCUGAGAAUCUCCAAGAGCAAGGAUGAGUCCCUGAAGCCUCAGCCCCUCAGCACCAAGCACAAGGUGUCUCUCUGCACGCAGGUGGCCCUGGGGAUGGAGCACCUCUCCAACGGCAGGUUCGUGCACCGGGACUUGGCGGCCAGGAACUGCCUGGUGAGCGCCCAGAGGCAGGUCAAGGUCUCAGCCCUGAGUCUCAGCAAGGAUGUGUACAACAGCGAGUACUACCACUUCCGCCAGGCCUGGAUCCCGCUGCGCUGGAUGCCGCCCGAAGCCGUGCUGGAGGACGAGUUCUCCACCAAGUCAGACGUGUGGUCCUUCGGGGUGCUCAUGUGGGAGGUGUUCACGCAGGGGGAGAUGCCGUACGCCCCGCUGGCGGAUGAUGAGGUCCUAGCAGGUCUGCAGUCAGGAAAGACGAAGCUCCUGCAGCCCGAGGGCUGCCCUUCACGCCUCGCCAAGCUGAUGCAGCGCUGCUGGGCGCCCAGCCCCAAGGACCGACCCUCCUUCAGUGAGCUCGCAGCCGCCCUCGGGGACAGCCCAGCUGACAGCAAAGCCUGAGCACCUUGCUGGGGAAGGAUGCGGCGGGGCGGGCGGGGGCUCUGCAGCUGCCCCCAGCGUUCCCGCAGCCUUCGCUGAGCCUGACCCCAACACACGGCACCAGCGGCUGCUGGACUCAAAGCACAAGCCAGUGUACUCCCCUCACACACCCCUCUCCUCCAUGGGUCCAAAAAGCCCGUGGGCUGCUGGCACCGGGCUCGCCCUCCCCGCUCGCCACGUGCAUAUCUGUCCGUCCGUCUGUGCUAGGCAUGCCUGCGGGCAUGGGCCCGCCAUCAGGAACCCGAAGUGCCUGGCAUAUGAAGGAGACGCUCCACCACCUUUCCCCACAUCCCUUCCCCGUGCCUUUUUUUGUACGACUCCUGGGGGCAGCGCUCUCCUCCUCCUCCCCCCUCCCCGGCACGCUGCCUCCUCCCCACCAUAGUAUUUCUGUUACUGGAAUGCAGCCUAGAGUGGGUUAGUUUGUUUGCUUGAGCGGAGGGUACCGCAGCCAAGAAUGGUUGGGUUUUGUUGGGUUUAUAUGUGCUGCUCUCAAUAAAGAAGGCUUUUUUUUUUUU